CAGGAGAUAAGCUUACCCUCCUAGAACUGGCCUGCACUUCCAGGGCCGCGGCAACUGAGACAAGUUGACCUGCGGCGCUGAUCUGCCCGGCCCACUUGAAGAUGGAUCACAUGUCUCCCAGGCUGAGAGCCUUCCUCUCUGAACCCAUUGGAGAAAAGGAUGUUGCCUGGGUGGACGGGAUCAGCCGUGAGCUUGCAAUCAAUUUGGUCACCAAAGGUUUCAACAAGGCCUACAUCCUCUUGGGACAGUUCCUUCUGAUGCAUAAGAACGAAGCAGAGUUCCAGAAGUGGCUUAUCUGUUGCUGCGGUGCAACCGAGUGUGAGGCCCAGGAGAGUUCUCACUGUCUGAAGGAGUGGUGCUCCUGCUUCCUCUAGACACAUACCUCCUUGCUCUGAUGCCUGGGUAAAUGGCGCACUCUGUACUGGCACCCAGGCUUGGGGUCAUUAUUUUU